AUGUGUCUGUGCUAUUGUGAUAUGUAUUUGAGAACCUGCUGUUGCAAGGGUUCUGAUGAUGAAUCCGAUCAGGGAGAUCCAGGGGCGGUGCUGAGUGUACCAGAGUUUCGAAUACCAAACGGCCUGGGUGUACCCUUGGGAUACUUGCACAAUGUUAACGACGCCCUCAACAGAUACCAUGUAGUGGACUUGAAGAUGUUGCAUCUCUAUCUAUAUGGAAAACUGACCCGUGAUAGCCUCUUAAUGCUGAACAUCAAGAAGUUUAAAGGCUAUGAGUACAACACGGCCUCACGCAGGCACAUCCACAAGUUUGAAGAAACUCUCCGCAUGGAUCCUCAUAAGUUGAGGAUUAUGUGCGACAUGUUGGAUCUUGAUAUUGAAGGCGGGACAAGGGAUCAGGCUUUCAGGCUCGUGGAGUUCCUGGUGAAGCCGGAAUCUAAUUCUCCAUACUUCAGAUGCGUUCGUACCAUCGAGAGCAUUGCUAAGACUUACCAUAGAGUUUGUGUGUACAGGAUAUUAAAUUCUAUUUUGUUUAAAGCUGUGUCGGACGAAGAUUAUGAAUCCGAUGCUGAGACUAUGGUGGCGUGUUCAGAGAAGACCAGAGAUGGUUCAGAAUACUCUGAAGGUUCGUGUGUUGGAAGUUCGGAGUGUUGUCGCGCGAUCUGUGACAUUAGUGACAGCGAGAAGGAAGCUGAGACUAAACUGAUGUCUGACAAGGAUAUAUCCUCAUCUAUCGAUGACACCACUGUAAUAUCGCAACAAGAUGAAAGUGGCUUUUUGGCUUCUGGGGAGACAAGCGUGUGUGACGAAAAAGUAGCCAAACCAGGGAUUGGACUGGAAGUCGCUUUACCCGGUUAUGCUAGCGCAAGGCGUCUACCAACAGACGAUGAUGUAAGGAGAUUCUUGCAGAAGAUUCUGAAGGGAUUGAAUCUGGAGAAGAUUACUAUGAACACUAUCUGCAGGGCUGUUUAUAGCCAGUUCCCGGACUACGAUCUGGUCAAUAAGAGGGACUUUAUCACAGCUACAGUCAAAUCGCUUCUCUAG